AUGGCGACUACUGGAGGAGCCGCUGCAGCCAGCGGCGAAGACAAUAAUAGCGUGGGCAAGAUUCCCGUGCCCGUCUUCGACGGCACGAGCAAGGCGAUGAAAAAAAUCCGCCGAAAAGUCGCCACCUGGCAAAUUGGCACCGAGGUCAAGCUGCCCAAGCAGGGCGCGACGCUCAUGGCCAGCCUCAAGGGCAAGGCCGAGGAGGCGUGCGAGGAGCGCGACCUAGAGCCCAUCAAGGGCGACGACCUGGCGGAGGUUUUCUUGGAGUACCUCGGGGAGCGCUUUCCCGAGAUUGAAGUAUUGGAGUUACCAGCGCUCCUGGAGACAGUCGUGACGCUGGCAUACACCUGGCACAACAAUCGCUUCAGCAGCACAGCGACGAAGCUGAGAGCUAAGGACAUCCAGGUGCCCGACGAGGUCUUGGCCGACCCGUGCAUCAAGGGCGCCCGCCUGCCACCAGAGCGCGCGGCGAGCGUGCUCAACGGCGUGGGCAACAAGUUCAAUCCCACGAAGAUCCAGGGGCAGCUCAUGAUCAAUUUGCCCAAUGCAUCGGUCGCGGACGGCAGCGAAGAGCAUCGCCACGGCAAGGGCGGCUACGGAGGUCGCAAGAAGGACCGCGAGAAGGCUGGCGCCACGGAUGCCUAUGACGAGGCCGAGAACGACGGCGCGUGCACCGACAGCUCCGAGGGCUACGACGACGACUUGCCCGACGAGCUGCAGUAUGUGAUGGGCGAGGCGGAGGGGCAGGUGGCUUUCUUCGCCAAGAAGAUGGUGCGCGCCAGGGACAAGCUAAAGGUGGCGAAGCAGGCGCGCGGCUACUUCGCCAAGCGAGGCGGCGGGCAUCCGCCGAAGAAGGACGAUGCCAAGAUCGCCAAGAUGAAGGCGAGGACGCGCUGGGCCCACGUCGCGGAGAUGACGGUCGCGGCGGUCCACCAGCACGAGCAGCCGAGGGCGGCCCAGGAUCGGGGGGAGGUCACCUUCGGCAACGCGCUGCGCAACGUGCCCGAGGAGGUGACGGCAGACUCGUUCUACAUCAACAAGGACAACUAG